AUGGCAAUCAUGGAUACAGCUAACGUUGGAUACUCUUACCAUCUACCUGCCGGUGGUUGGAACAACAAAAUACGCAAUACCCUAUCACAAUUCAGUGAUUUAUUUAGCGAGUUUAACAAAUAUAUAGCGCCUGCAUAUCACCACGACCGCUGUGAAAGGUCUGUCCAAAUGAGGGUUUACUCUAUGCACAAAGGAGAAUUCGUUAUGAGUUUUAUAACAUUUUUUGCUUGUUUGGGUCUCGGUGUUUUUAUAGGAUUAGCAGGUCCGUCCCCCACGUCAACGACGUCGGUGUCCGCUACAAGCGUGCUGUCGAACAUCAGCGCGAUCUCUAGCGGGCCCUUCCACUUGCGGAGCCCCGCGCUGGGCCCCCGCGCCCAACAACUGUGGCUGUUCGCAGAGAUACUCACCGACAACGACGACGAGGAAAUAUUUGAUAAAAGUUUUCAAAUCAGUAUAUCGAUCGACGGCGUUCUUAGCGAUCACACAACAACCAACCUCGUGCCAGAGUCAACGAACCGAACCCAACACUUGAAGUGCACGAAACAAGUGUGCGAAGAAGUGAUGGUUCUACAUCUUGGCUCCUUAGAAUAUACGCAUUACAUUCUACAUGUCAAAUUCUACGGUCUAAAGGAGUUCCAUAAGCGAUAUCAUAUAAGAGAAAUUGUUUUCUAUUUCAAAACCUACAAUCCAGCGUUCACACAGAUGGAGACGUGGUUCAGAUUUAUAUUCCUACUCACUACUUUCACAGUGGCUUGCUGGUUCGCUCACACGCUGAGAAAGUAUUCAACUCAAGACUGGGCCAUCGAACAGAAGUGGCUCUCUAUUUUAUUGCCAUUAUUGUUACUUUACAAUGACCCGCUGUUCCCGCUGCGGCUGGUGUCGAGCGGGUGCGUGGCGCCGCUACUGGACGCGCUGUUCCAGACGACGUUCCUGGCCGCCGUGCUGCUGGCCUGGCUCGCGCUCUACCACGGCCUCAGACAGAACGAAAGAGGAUUUGUAUCUUUCUAUCUAUUCAAAAUAGUGAUAGUGGGACUGAUGUGGGUGCCCGCCAUGGUUGUAGCGGUGUGGCAGAAGUACUACGCGUACUACGACCCAACGUUCAACUACUAUAUGAAUCCUAAUUAUCCUGUUGUAAAAAUAAUGUUCUUCGUUGCUGUAACAUUGUACUUCCUGUACCUACUGGUACUUAUUAUUAAAGCGUAUAGUGAUUUAAGAAACAUGCCAUUUUUCGACGUGCGGCUGCGCGUGCUGGCGGCGUGGCUGGGCGCGGCGGCGCCGGCGGGCGGCGCGCUGGCGCUGCGGCGCUGGGGCGCGGCCGCGCUGCAGGACCACUGGGCCGCGCGCCCGCGCCAGAGCUACGACACCUCCGCGCCCUUCAUGGCGCUCUACUGCCUCCUCAACUUCCAGCUCUUCGCCCUGGCCUACCUCUACUCGCCGGCCGCCGGUUCCUUUCAUGAAACUGCUAUAACUAAAGAUAAUCCUGCCUUUUCUAUGAUAAAUGAUUCGGAUGAAGAAGUAAUCUACGGUUCAGAUGAAGAAAGCAGACGUCCUCUCAACUCUCGCUCUCACAGAGCGACUAGUGAAGAUAUAUGAUCAACUAUGUUUUCCAAAUAUUAUGUAAUUUUCAUUGUUAUAAAAUAGAAAAUGAAAGUCUUAAA